UUAGCAUUAGCCUCUAGUUACUUGUGUCUGUCCGGUGUGUUCGUGAUUAUAUAGCUACAAAUUUUAAUAGCAUAUGCACACGUAUGAGUGUAAGACAUUUAAACAAAACCAAUAAAGUUAUGCAGCGAGUUAACGUUAGCUUAGAACUUUGGUUAACCUCAAGCUAGCACGUUGGACUGCUAACCAAAGUUAGCGCAGAGCAGCGGCACUGACAACAACAGAGCAGGGUAUUUGCAUAUGUUUAUGUUUCGGAUGCGCGGCCACUGGCAGGCAAACGAAGGCUGUGAGAAGCCCAACAUACAGUCCAGUCUUUGAGUGAGGUGCUUAGAUUGAAGUCGGCGUCUGAAGCGCACUUGGAGAGCGCUAAAGCCCCGAGCUUUUCCUGCAGAAUGUCCAAGAUCAGGCGGAAGGUAACAGUGGAGAAUUCAAAAACCAUAUCUGACAGCAGCAGCACCACUACUAGCAGCACCAGCAACCCCGCCGCCCCCUCCCGCAGGCCCAGUGUGUUUGAAAGACUUGGACCCAGCACUGGGAGUAAUGCUGCUGAGAGCCACUGUAGAAAUUGGCUGAAGACUGGUAAUUGCAGCUACGGCAGCACUUGUCGCUACACACAUGGAACUCAGCCACGAGGCAAAGGAUUUAGCUUUAGUCGGUCAACAGAGAGACCCACAGGUGAUCUGCGGGAGAGGAUGAAAAAUAAAAGACAGGAUGUUGACCCAGAAAACCUAAAACGAGACUUAGACGAGCCUACAUCCCCCACAACUAGACAGAGAGACUCCUCCAGAGGCAGACACAGGGAGAAGGAGGAUAUCAAAAUUACAAAGGAGCGCACCCCAGCCAGUGAAGAAGAGCCCACAGAGUGGGAAACCAAUCGUGAAGACUCAGAUCUUGGUGAUUACGACUACGAGCUAUCUCUAGAAAUGAAGCGUCAGAAGAUUCAGCGCGAGCUGAUGAAACUGGAGCAGGAGAAUUUAGAAAAGAGAGAGGAAAUUGUCAUCAAAAAAGAUGAGACCACCACCAAAACAAGAACCACUGUUUUGCCGAAGGUGUCUCCUGAGCAUUUAAGCUCCAAAGGUUCGCCGUCAUCUAAGAAAUCCAAUGGAUCCCCAAAACACAAAAGUGGAACCAAAUGUGGAGGCAAAGGACUAGGCUCUGGAAAGAAGGAAAAGAAAACACUGGUGACCACCUCACCCAUUUCAGAAACUGUCAGGCCUUCAAAAAGUGGUCAUGGUAAAAAGAAAGGGCCCCGUACACCCAGUCCUCCUCCUCCAGUUCCUCUAGACCUUCCUGUGACUGGGAAGAAACACAAGGGCAAGCAUAAAAACAAGGAGAAGUCUGAGGAGAAACAGAAAGAAGGGAAAGAUCGUGGACGAGACAUAGAGAAACAUAAAGAGAAGAAGGAAAAACGCAGGGACCGAUCGGACAGUUCCCACAAGGCCAAGCGAUCAGUCACAUCAGAAGAGCGUUCUGGUAGCGUGUCGUCUCCCUCCAGGGCUGCAUCGCCCUCAGCCAGGAAGAAGUCACCAUCUCCUAAAGUUUCAUCACAUAAGACCUCUACACUGGACUCUCCUCCUCGCAGGUCUACCUCUCCUCCACGACACCUGCGUAGCCCCACACCUCCCCGCCAUCACUCGCCUUCUUCCCACUCGGGUUCUUCUGCCCAGCAGCAUUCUCCAUCUCCCCGACGGCGCCGCUCAUCCUCUCCCACCUACCGGCGGAGUGCUCCAGCCUCCAACUCCUCCCCUCAGAGCUCUAGGCGCUCCCGAUCACCCCCUGCCUCCCACGACAACUCCUCACCUCACCGCCGAUCUGACCGAUCAAGUCCCAGCCGGCGCCACUCCAGGGAUCGCGAAAGGAGUCGUGGUGACAGAGAGAGGAGUCCACUUAUUCAGGAACGCAAACAUGAUCGCAGAGAUGAUAGUCGAAGCAAGAGAGAGAAAGACAGCAUCCGCAACGAGCGGGACUAUGACUCUGAACAGGUCUCCUCACGGGACACACGGGAUGACAGGGACAGCAGAGACACCAGAGAUGCUCGUGAUCGACGAGAUGCACGCGAUCGGGGGAGGGAAUCAAUCCGAGAGUCUCGUGAUCACAGAGACAAUAGGGAUGUAAAAGACUGCAGAGAGAGCAAGACAGAGAUCCGCUCCAGUAGAGAGUCCCUGGAGCGGCGUGAUCGGGAACGAGAGAGAGAGAGGGAGAAAGAGCGGGACAAGGACAGAGAGCGGGAGAAGGAAAGGGAUAGGGCUGAAUCCUACAGGAAGGAGGAACUAGUGCAGGACGAUAGGAGUUAUGGGAGAGGUCAUGGACGUGAAGAUAGUGGCAGGACAGACAGAACUGAGAGGAAUGGACGAGGUAGAGGACGUUCUAAUGAGACCACUGAAAAAGGCUCAAACAGGAACUCCAGGGGGUCUCAGCUGGAAAGUAGUCAUGAUAAUUGGGAGUCACGGAGCAGUGCUGCACGUGAUCGAAGUGUGGAGAGGAGCACAGAUCGCAGUGCUACUGAAAGAAGCUCAGACAGGGGCUCAGACCGAGAUCGCUACGAGAGUGAUAGAAGAGGAGAGCAGACUAGGGACUCUUCCUAUGACAGGAGAGGAGGUCACGCAGAACGUGAUCGCAGAGACAACCGCGACAGAGUUUCUCCAAAUAGACACCAGGGGAGGUCAGAGGAGUGUGAGAGGGAGGAAAGACGGGAGGAUCGCAGGGCAGACAGAAUAGAUGAAAGGCGGGACGACCGGACCCGUGACCGGGAACGAGAGAGAGACAGGGAGCGAGAGAGGGAGAAAGAGAAGGACCGAGAGCGCGAAAGGGAAAAAGAACGAGAGAAGGAGAGGGAGGCUGAGAGGGAGCGGGUCAGGGAGCGAGAGCGGGAACGAGAGAGGGAAAGGGAACGGGAGAGGGAGCGUGAAGAGCGAGAAAGGGAGCGAGAGGAACGAGACAGGGAGAGGAAGGAGCGAGAGAGGGAGAGAGAGCGGGAGAGGGAGCGAGAGAGGGAACAGCGGGACAGGCAGCGGGAAUGGGAGGAGCGAGAGAGAGGGAGGGAGGACAGGCGGGAGAGAAGGGAAGAGAGCAGAGACGAUCGGCCUGUUCGAGACACCCGGGAUGAUCGAAAGAUAAGCCGUAAGAGGCAACGGGUGGAGAGCAGCCCGAGCCCCCGGCCCUCACCUAAGCGAGCUGCACGGGACCUGAGUCCAGCUGACAGCGAUGGUUACAACAGCGCAGAAGACAAAAGUGAGCGCCCGAUUGGCCGAGGACAGGCCAAGCUCCACUCUCAACCCCUCCUCCCCAGCCCAGUGUGUCCGCCUCCAUCUGACAGCAGCGAUAAGCAUCGUCUGCUGAGCCAAGUGGUGCGGCCCCAGGAGCCAUUGCUACGUUCUCCAUCACGAGCUGCUCUGCCAGAAGACAAGCACUCGCACUGGAAGGAUGAGGAACGCCGAGGAGCAGGGGACAAACGGGAAACGCGCAGCCGUCACGAGGAUUUCGAUCCUCGGGGAGAACGUAGCAGAGGUGGUGAUCGACGAGGAGACCACCUUUCAGACACUCCGCCCGAUCCCCGUAGUAGAGGCAGAGACCAGCGGGAAUCCACUCCUCCUCCUCCUCCUUCAGCACUUCCUGGGUGUGGUGAUGAUAGAGAGAUCGCUGGUGCCCCGACACAUGAGGAGGGCAAGAAGAAGACAAAGGCACAGAAGAAGGGGCUCAAGAAGGGUCGUAAGGAAGAGGAGGUUGGUGGUGGAAACCGCUUGGCUGCAGCAUCAGACCGCUUCAACCCCGAACCCCCCAUUGGGGCUUCAGCAGAUGUUCCUUCAAGCUUGCACUCUCCCAGGAAAGUAACAAAGAAAAAGGCACUGGAUCGAAAAAGAAAACGGUCACGGGGAGAAUCUGAUGUGUCUGAGGAUGAGACCUCAGCUCCUCAGCCACACGGUAAGAGGAAGAGAGGUCCCAGGACUCCUCCACCCUCAAUGAGACCUGAUCAUCGUGUUACUGGAGGCAGCACAGAACUUUCACCACUGUCUAAGGUAGACAAUUUCAGUGACUGGUCAGAUGAGGAAGUCACAGAGCGGGGAGGGCCCGUAGAAACACAAAGUUCCCUGUCCCUUGCUGAGAGGGUUCCUGCUGAGCCUCUGAGGAGAGGUGGUGUCCCCAGGGUGGGCAGGGACAGGGAGAGGUGCAACCCUCCUUCCAUUGCCCCUCUGCUUUCUCAGGAUCCACCGAUGCUGUUGCAGACUCUGACUCCACAGCCACUUAUGUCCAAGUCCCUGCUACGCAAGCCUCCCCCCGAGCAGACACGCAGCAGCAGCAUGGGGAGCAACCAGAGCCGCACAUCAUCCAGACGCCCACGAUCGCCCUCCAUUGAGUCGGCCCACCGAGAUGACCCCCAGGGCCAGCGAUCCCGGCGAGGCAGACUACAGGGCACCAACUCCCGUGACAGAGAACGAGAAAGGGAGAGAGAGAGGCCAGUUGGGAAUGACCCCCCAGGAGCAGAGAGGAAGUCUCGAAUUGACCAGUUGAGGAGAGGAGAGCCCAGUCGCAGCACUUCAUCAGACCGUCAGGAUUCUCGCAGCCACAGCUCCAGGCGGAGUUCUCCUGACUCUGAGAGACAAGCCAGGUCCCGUGCUGGCUCCUACGACAGUCGAGAACGGGAAAGAGACAGAGAACCGUUUGAGCGGGAACGAGACAGAGACCGAAAAGAUAUGCGACCUCAGCAGCAGCAGCAGCAGCAACAGCAGCAACAGUCCUUGCUCCUUCAGCAGCCCCUACAGCAACAGAGAGACUGGGAGCCUGAACCUAGAGACUGGCCAAGCCGGGGUCGUGAGCCUUUGCUGAUGCGUCCUGGCCGUGAACCUCUUUUGAGGGAGCGGGACAUCAGAGACCGGGAGCGCUUGCUCCCAGAGGGAUUCAUCCAGCAGCACGAACGGGAGCGAGAUAGAGAGCGAGAAAGGGACCGUGAGAGAGACGGCAGAAUUGAAAGAGUUGGCGAUCGCGACAGGGAGAGGUUGAUGUUGAUGGACCUACCACUGCACGGAGACCCCAGAGGUCCAGGACGGGGAGAACUGAGGGCUGAAAUGAGAGGAGACAUGCGAGGGGACAUGAUGAGGCAAGAUAGAAGUGAGUAUGAGCCACUGCUGCCAAGAGAAGCUUUCAGCCCUCCAGAGCCUGAGAAACCAACAAACAGUCACCAUCUGAUCGGAGAUCAACAGGACCUUGAGAAAGCAGACAGCAUUGAUGGUGAUGAUGAUGGCAAGGAAGAUGAUGGCCAGUCUGCUGCAUCAGUGGGAGAAGAAUAUGAACCAAUCAGUGAUGAUGAGCUAGAUGAAAUACUUGCUGACAGCCAGAAGAAGGAGGAUCAACAGGAUGAUGAGAAAAUAUCAGGUCCUCUUGAUGUGAUUGACGUGGACUGGUCGAGCCUGAUGCCCAAACAGAAGCAGGAGCCUCGGGCAGCAGGAGCGGCGCUGCUCCGGUUCACGCCAGGGGCUGUGCUUCUCAGGGCGGGCAUCAGCAAGCGACUUGCUGGCGCUGAGCUCAUGGAGCAAGUCAAAGAGGUGUGCAAGUCUGAGCUGGAUGACCCCAAAGAUGCUGACAAAUUGUUUGAGCAUGACCUGGGAGCCCUGAACAUGGCAGCCCUUAACAGGCGAGUGGAGAGGGCAGGUUUAAUGAGCAACCUGGGGCUGUGCUGCAAGGCCCUGUGUGCCCGAAGGGACUUUGCCAUCCGCCGGCAACUCUUAAAAAAUGACAAGGGUCUAACAAAACAGUACCCUGCUACGCCGGUGGUAGACAACGACCUUCUGCAGAUGAGCAUGCGGCUCUUCAGAAGGACCAUGGCUGGCCAGCCUCUAGCUCCAGAACGGUCAGACAGCGUGUCAGCAGCUGCGGCUGAAGUUGCUGCACCUAGCAGCAGUAAGCUGAGCUCAGCACAGCCUGAGGUGUGUGUCUCCUGAGACAAGUGAGCCUAAAGGUUCUAAGGUUCAUUUACUACGUCUAGCCUCUAAUUUUUCAUUGCCCUGUUUUAUUUCAUUGUAUACAUAUCCUUUUUAGUAAUGACAAAAAAAAAUAUUACAGCAAAAUGUGAAUUUCUCCGCAACGCUUAACAUGUUUUGGAUGAUCUGCAAGUGUUGUGCCAUAGACUACUGGACAUUCUAGCCUAUGGAAGUGUGUAAUGAACCGUGUAUGGGGAAACAAAACGCACCUAAAAUGACGUCCUGUUUUGUUGUGCGUUAGUGUUUUAGAGCAACUUUUUAAUUCUUAAAAUUUCACAUGCCUAACAAAGUUCAGAUAACUGUUUUUUUUUGGUUUUCGUUCAUUGUACAUUGGUUGUUACAAAUGUGCAUUAAAAUUGUUAGAUGCUGA